AUGAUGGUUGUGUUCCAGAACAAGAUCAUUUAUAUGCCGUCCGUUCCACCGUUCUCGAGGUCUGAGAAAGUUAGCGAUUAUGCACGCCAAUGCCAGCCAGUAGUCUGGACCGAACACGACCUCCGAGCUGCUGACAACACUAAGAUCAAACUUCUGGAAGGUACAAUCGGUGUCACGGCGGAUUCGAAGCCGAGAGGCCAUGUUGUCGUCCUUUAUUUUCAGGGGAAUGCUUCUUCAUUGCCCCCACGUCUUCCAUAUCUCUCGAGUAUACUGAAGACCGCGACAAACGCCCAGCCUGGGGGGAAACAAUAUACAAUAGUGGCCUUGUCUUAUCGCGGGUUCUGGAAGUCAAAGGGUACUCCGUCUCAAGCCGGCAUCGAGCUUGAUGUAGACGCGACCUUGAAUUGGGUCCUGACAAGAUACGACCCUGACCGAACCAGGAUCGUUGUCUGGGGCCAGUCCAUUGGCGCAGGUGCAGCGACAGUGGGCUUGGCCAACUUGCUGAGAGAUGGUGAAGACGGUCUCCGGCGAGUCUCAGGGCUCUUGCUGGAGACUCCAUUUGUCGAUCUUAAAGCAAUGCUGAUAGGACUUUAUCCUCAGAAGUUCCUGCCGUAUCGAUAUCUGACUCCGUUCUUACGGUCGACGUGGGAUAGCAAGUCUGCCCUUCAAACGAUCGGGAAAGUCAAACCAAACCUCAAGGUUCUGAUGUUGGAGGCGGGUGAUGAUGAGAUCGUGCCUCGGGGGCAGGGAGCAGUCUUGGAGAAUAUCUGCAAGAAAGAAGGUAUGGCUGUGGAUCGAAAGGUUGUCCCGGGAGCUUUGCACACUGAGGUAUUGAUCAAGGGGCAGGGGCGCAACCAUGUCGUUAUGUUUCUUCAGUCCAUUUAA